UAUUUGUGUCUGUUUGGGUUCCGAUUGGGCGAAGCGUGGAAGUGUGUCAAGCGUCCGCGCGUCGUGGGCGGGAAGAGACGUGUUUAUAAACCACAGUGAGCGCUCCGUGGGGCGGUAAUAUUAUAUAGAGAAACUAGACGGGGAAAGAGAAGGGAGAAGAGGAGCGAGGACGCGACGGCAGAGAAGCGUCUGUGCCUCACCGUUGCUAGUUGGAGGGGGCGCGGCUCUCCCUGCCCCUCCACACCAGCACCUGUAUGGAUGACCACUUCGGCCUCCUUGACUCGCCUCCGCCUUCGUCCACCAAACAGAGGGGCAACAUUAUUAAUAACGGCUAUACGGAGACAGAGCAGGACGUCAUGACAGUCGCUGCUUGUGACAACAUGCUGGAGGAGACGGCGGCGCUUCCCGGCCACCUUUCCUUGGACCGCUACGAACCCGACCACGAAUGCUGCGAGAGAGUGGUCAUCAAUAUAUCUGGUUUGCGCUUUGAGACGCAACUUAAAACUUUCAACCAGUUUCCAGACACGUUGCUCGGGGAUCCUAAAAAGAGGAUGCGCUACUUCGACCCGCUGAGAAACGAGUACUUCUUCGACAGGAACCGUCCCAGCUUCGAUGCAAUCCUAUACUACUAUCAAUCAGGUGGGCGUAUCCGGAGACCUGUUAACGUCCCCAUCGACAUUUUCUCCGAGGAGAUACGGUUUUACCAACUCGGGGAGGAGGCGAUGGAGAAAUUCCGCGAGGAUGAAGGAUUCAUAAAAGAAGAGGAGCGUCCUUUGCCCAGCAAUGAAUUUCAGAGGCAGGUUUGGCUAUUGUUCGAGUACCCCGAGAGUUCGGGGCCAGCCAGGGGUAUUGCAAUUGUCUCAGUUCUGGUCAUUUUAAUUUCUAUAGUUAUAUUCUGUUUGGAAACUUUACCAGAGUUUCGGGACGACAAAGACCAAAGCACUAUAGCCCCUAUUAUAAACGGGACGGGCCCGUACCCUACUAAUAGUUUUACGGACCCUUUCUUUGUGAUAGAGACGCUCUGCAUCAUCUGGUUCUCGUUCGAGCUGCUCGUGCGGUUUUUCGCGUGCCCCAGCAAAGCUACGUUCUCGAAAAACAUCAUGAACAUUAUCGAUAUAGUGGCCAUCAUUCCGUACUUUAUCACACUGGGGACGGAGUUGGCAGAGAGGCAGGGGAAUGGGCAGCAGGCGAUGUCAUUGGCCAUCCUUCGGGUGAUCAGGCUCGUGAGGGUGUUUCGCAUAUUUAAGCUCUCCCGGCACUCCAAGGGGCUCCAGAUUCUGGGGCAAACAUUAAAAGCCAGCAUGCGCGAGCUGGGACUGCUCAUCUUCUUCCUCUUUAUUGGAGUCAUCCUCUUCUCCAGCGCGGUCUAUUUCGCCGAAGCAGACGACCCUACCUCCAGCUUUAGCAGCAUCCCCGACGCGUUUUGGUGGGCUGUAGUCACCAUGACAACUGUUGGCUACGGGGACAUGCACCCAGUUACCAUCGGAGGCAAAAUCGUCGGGUCUUUGUGCGCGAUCGCAGGGGUGUUAACCAUCGCUUUGCCAGUGCCAGUAAUUGUUUCAAAUUUCAACUAUUUUUACCACAGGGAGACCGAGGGAGAAGAGCACGCGCAAUACUUGCACGUCGGUAGCUGCCAGCACAUGUCCUCCACGGAGGAACUGAAAAGGACACGUAGCACAUCCUCUCUCAGCAAAUCGGAAUAUAUGGUGAUUGAGGAAGGAAUUAACAGCGCUUUCAAACAGCCAAACUUCACCACUCAAAACAACCAGAACUGCGUAAAUAUCACAAAGAUUUUCACAGACGUGUAAACGAAACUGCCAAGGAGCGUUAAGUCCGCUCUACUGUAGUUAUUGGUAUUAAUCGUGGUGUGUCAGUGCAUACAUUGCAUGGAGGCAACGCUACGCAGGAGGCCCCCUGGGAAUCAGAGGAGAUGCCUCGAGUCGAAAUAAGCUAGGUUUAAUUUCCGCUCUGUCAGGACAAGUUUCACGCGCACUUGUUCCGUUCGCUGAAUUGAGGCCAGAAGUCACCAACCGUCGUUUGUUUUGUUUGGAUCAAGCAGCGAAGAUGUUAGCUCCUAGUGUGGAUUUUAAAUGUUACUUAAAAUUUGCCUAGUAUUCAAUGUGUCUUUAUACAGUCAUUAUAUAAAUAUAUUAUUAACUUCAACACAUACAUACGAUAUAUAUAUAUAUAUAU